AUGUUCCCGCCAGCCAGUCACCUCCUGUCCCUGCUGCUGGUGAUAGACGCAGGGGGCACCGUGCCCAGCCCCCAGGGGGUUCCCCAGGGCUGCUAUGCGGCAGAGGAAGCUGGGGAGCGGACCUUCCGCUGCAGCCAGGCAGGUCUGAGCGCCGUGCCCACCAGCAUCCCCAACGACACCCGCAAGCUCUACCUGGAUGCCAACCGGCUGGUGUCGGUGCCAGCUGGUGCCUUCCGGCACCUGCCUGUCCUGGAGGAGCUGGAUCUGUCCCAUAACAUCCUUGCCCACCUCUCAGCGGCUGCUUUCCAGGGCCUGGCGGGCACGCUGCGCCGCCUUGACCUCUCUGCCAACCAGCUGGCCUCGGUGCCCGUAGAAGCUUUCGUGGGGCUAAAGAUCCAAGUGAACCUGUCUGCCAACCCGUGGCGCUGCGACUGUGCCCUCCAGGAGGUGCUCCGGCGGGUGAGGCUGGCCCCGGGCACGGGGACGGGCAUCGUGUGUGGCCCGGGAGCCCGACCGGACCUCGUGGGGCAGGAGUUCCUGCCGCUGGUCGGGGAGGAAGAGCUGUGUGGGACAGGGCGGGGCGGGGCCCGGCGCAGCACCGACGUGGCCCUGCUGGUCACCAUGGGGGGCUGGCUGGUGCUGGUGGUGGCUUAUCUGGCCCACUACGUGCGGCAGAACCGGGACGAGACCCGACGUCCCCUCAAGCGGGCCCCCGUGCUGCCUGUGCGCUCUGAGGACUCCUCCACCCUCAGCACAAUGGUCUGA